GGGGUCAAGGGCAGGGGCGGGGCAGGCAGGCAGUGGCCGGGGGCGUCCGCUCCUCCCCCUCGCGGUCGGCCGGGCUGUCGGUGCCGAGCCCCCAGCGCGCGGCACAUGGGGCGCCUGACUGAGGCGGCGGAAGCGGGCGUCGGCGCUCAGGCUGCGCGCUGGGCAGGGCCCCCUCCCACGCUCCUGCCGCUCUCUCCCACGUCCCCCGGGUGCGCGGCCACCAUGGCGUCCAGCGACGAGGACGGCACCAACGGCGGCACCUCGGAGGCCGGCGAGGACCGGGAGGCCCCCGGAAAGCGGAGGCGCCUGGGCUGGUUGGCCACCACCUGGCUCACCUUCUACAACAUCGCCAUGACUGCGGGGUGGUUGGUUCUAGCUAUUGCCAUGGUACGCUUUUAUAUGGAAAAAGGAACACACAGAGGUUUAUAUAAAAGUAUUCAGAAGACCCUUAAAUUUUUCCAGACAUUUGCCUUGCUUGAGAUAAUUCACUGUUUAAUUGGAAUUGUACCUACUUCUGUGCUUGUGACUGGGGUCCAAGUGAGUUCAAGAAUCUUUAUGGUGUGGCUCAUUACUCACAGUAUAAAACCAAUCCAGAAUGAGGAGAGUGUGGUGCUUUUUCUGGUGGCGUGGACGGUGACAGAGAUCACUCGCUAUUCCUUCUACACAUUCAGCCUUCUUGAUCACUUGCCAUACUUCAUUAAAUGGGCCAGAUACAAUUUUUUUAUCAUCUUAUAUCCUGUCGGAGUUGCUGGGGAACUUCUUACAAUAUAUGCCGCCUUGCCGUAUGUGAAGAAAACGGGAAUGUUUUCAAUAAGACUCCCUAACAAAUACAAUGUCUCUUUUGACUACUAUUAUUUUCUCCUUAUAACUAUGGCCUCAUAUAUACCAUUGUUUCCACAACUCUAUUUUCAUAUGUUACGUCAAAGAAGAAAGGUGCUUCAUGGAGAGGUGAUUGUAGAAAAGGAUGAUUAAAUGAUCCCUGCAAACAAGGUGCUUUUUCCAGAAUAACCAGGAUUACUUGAGUCCAAGUUUUAAGAACAAGAAUAAACAACUUUGUGAAAUAUCA